UUUGCACACCAGGUAGUUUAACCAUGAUGUCUCCUCUGCUCCUUCUCUGUCUAGCGCCCCUCUUCCAAACUACAGAGAUAAAACUAGACCACACCAUGGGAAUGAACGACCCUCAGAUGCACUUGGGAGAGGCAGGAGGCUCCACUCGCAAGCUCUGUCCUGAUCAGUCCAAGUUCUGGGGACCAGGACUGAACCCUGGGUUCAACAUGCCUGUACGUUACUUCUACAUACAAGCAGUAGACUCAGACGGGCACAACUUCACCGUGUCCCUGGGUAACGUGUUCAAGGUGUCAGUCAGUAAGGAUGGUGGACAGCACAAGGUGCGAGCCUGGGCUGAUGUCAUAGACCGCCAGAGUGGGGUGUAUCUGGCCAGAAUCAGGUUGUUCGAGGAAGUGGGGGAUUUGACGGUGGAUGUGAAGCUGAAGACGGGAGCUCAUGUUAGAGGGUCACCUUUUCGGAUUGCAGGACCUCUGUUUCACGAGGGAUGUGCUUGUAGUGAGCCAGAUACUGCUGACUGGGUGGAGACCAUGCAGUGCAAGUCUAACUACUCUCAGAUUGAUCAGGAUAUUGAUCAGUUUAGAGACAUUUCUGUGGUGGAUCUAGCAACGCAGGCUCACAAGAAAUUUGACAGUCACUACCAUCUGGGACAUUACGUUAUUCUAGAUAACAGAGCUUAUUCAAAAAUGAUAGGUGAACACACUGGACUAAACAGGAAGUUUGACGACAUGCUACUCUCCUUGAUGGCUAAAGUAAACCUUCCUGACAUGGAAUUCAUUGUUAACCUCAGAGAUGGUCCCAUCGAGAAGAGCAAAGUGAACCCAAUGCCAAUUCUCUCAUUCGGAGGAUCUCGAGACAGUGCAGACAUUGCCUUACCCAGCUACGAGCUAACAGAUGCUGUGCUGAAAUCCAUGCACAAAACGGAUAUUGAUCUCCAGAACAUACAAGGGAACAUAGGACCAGAGUGGAAGGACAAAAUACCGAUAGGCUUCUGGAGAGGAAGAGACUCACGGGAGCAGAGGCUGGACUUGGCACGACUGUCCAUGAGUUACCCCGAGAAAGUGGAUGCUAAACUUACUCAAGCCCUCUUCUUCAAGCAUGUUCCGUCCAUGUAUGGAGACAUUGUUCCAAAGAUACCCUUCAGAGAGUUCUUCGACUACAAGUUCCAGAUAACGGUGGAUGGUAUGGUGUCGGCUUAUAGAGUGCCUUUUAUCUUGGGUGGACCAAGUGUUGUCUUCAAACAGGACUCAUUCUUCUACGAACAUUUCUACGCAGACAUAGAACCGUGGGUUCACUACGUUCCCUUCAACCACAACCUCAACAACCUGAUACAGCGCCUAAACUGGGCCCAGGAAAACGACCACUUGGCUCACAUCAUCUCAGAGAACGCCAGGCAUUUUGUCAGAACCGAACUAAAACCGAGUGAUGUUUACUGUUAUGUUUACAGACUUUUUAACCGGUAUGCUGAGAAGCAGUACGGAAAGGUUGAGGUGAGGAAGGGAAUGCACGAGCUGUCAAAAAAGAGAUCAUGCUUUAAGUGCCCUUACAAUACGCUCAACAAGUCAGAAUUGUAGUGGAAAGCAUCACACAGAACAAUUUGUAAGCAGAUUGGUUAGACAGAUCACUAAAUGAAUGUAUGAAAGCAAUGGGUACAGGCUAGAGUGGUAUAUUUUCUGAUACCGAAUAUAAUUAUUGCUCAAUUGGAUUGUUAACAUCACAAUUUAUGAUUAUCCACUUUAUUUAUUAUGUAAAUAACGUGUGCUUCAUGAUUCAAAUAGACAUACAUACAUUUACUUAUCAGCUCAGCUCUCCUAUGAACACUUUCCAAAGAUCUAAAGAUCGAACAACACAAAUCGAUGAAUGAGGUGCCCGAUCGAAACCACUUAAAUAAAGAUUUAAAAGCAGGUAGUAUGGUAUUGAGAGUAAAAACGUCAUUCCAAAAGAAUUGUUUUGAGAAGAGGAAAAAAAGCGAUUAAAACAUUAUUUUAAAACUAUUAAUAUUUGCUUAAACACAAAAUAAAUAUUUAAUCAUGUUGGCGAACAACAAAAUCUGUGGCAUUUUAAAUCUAUCCUGUCACAUUCUAUCAAAAGUCUUAUCCAAUAAUUAUGGAAACUAGAUAAUGAACAGAUUACAGAUUUGAAAAUAUGUUUAUCUACAAUUAUAACCGGUAUACCAAUUAGGUACCAUAACUAUUUAUAAUUACCACUUCAGUG